CCCCCCCCUCCCCCCUCCCUCCUCACUCACCUCCCUCACCUCCCUGCCUCCUACUGCCCCUCCGUCCUCCGGUCUGCUCUUCGCCUGUGGCCGCUCGGAGAGACAUGAAGACCCCGCGGGACGCCAGAGGACCCCCGGGGCCGCCGCUGCUGCCGCUGCUGCUGGUGCUGCUGGUCGCGGGAGCGCGCAUCGAGGGGUUCCGGCCCGUCGUCAUCGUGCACGGCAUCUUCGAUGGACCGAAACAGUUUAAGACGCUUUCUCUUUACAUCACCAAGGUGCAUCCUGGGACAGAGGUGUCGGUGAUCGACCUGUAUGACGACCUGAGCAGUCUGAAGCCCUUAUGGGGGCAAGUCCAGGGCUUCAGGAAGGCCUUCGACCCCAUCGCACAAAAGGCUCCUGACGGCGUCCAUCUGCUGUGCUUCUCUCAAGGCGGUCUGGUCUGUCGGGCCCUCCUGGCCGUGACCCCCGACCACAACGUGCACACCUUCGUCUCGCUGUCGUCGCCGCAGGCCGGCCAUCUGCUAUUCCUACCGCAGCUGUGUUUGCAUCUGUCCUAA